AAUAGAAAGCUGCUUUUAGACUAAAGAGCAAAUUUAUUUUAGAGAAUGUAGAAAAAUAAUAAUCACACGGUUCUGGGUAUAACGUAAUAAUUUCAUGAGGAGUGGAACAGCAAUGUUUUUUCUUUCGGGAAAAAACCCUGAUUAUUCUCAAACUAUAUAAUAUAGAAAUAUAUGUAAAUAGGGGGCACAAGUAAGACUUACAUUCUAAGUAUAGACAGGGAUGCCUUGCUCGAAGUAUAUUUGGUUGACUACAGAAAACCAAGUUCAGUCUAUCCGUCAAUCAGCAGUUUAAAAUUCUUUUGAAAGAAAAAAUGAGUACUUAUAUAUUUCGAGCGGGUGGAAAUCAUCUUACUAAUAGAAAUAUCAGACCAUUUAGUAAAGAGAAUAAAGGGAAUGAAAAAAAAACCGAAAAUAAUGAAGAAUUUCCACUUUUGUUCUCCGCAUAUAUUCUGUAUAAGAUUACCAGCGGUGUUGAUAAUUCUCGUGAGAUCACAUGGCAGGAAUUUAGAACAACAUUUUUAGAUAAAGGUUUAGUGGAUAAAUUGGUAGUAAUUAAUAGGAAAAAAGUUCGAGUACAUUUACAUUCAAAUGCUACAGGGCAAAUGUAUCCAAACGCUCCUUCUUUACCCGGAACAACUUAUUAUUUUAGCAUAGGAUCCGUGGAAGCAUUUGAACGUAAGUUAGAUGAUGCUCAAAAAGAAUUAGGAAUUCCUUCCACAGAACGUAUUCCAGUAGCAUAUCAUGAUGAAAUUAGUUUGAUGAAUACACUAUUACACUUUGCUCCAACAUUACUUUUGGCUGGAGCAUUAUUUUAUAUUACCAGAAGAGCUGGUGGUGCAGCCGGAUCACAGAUUUUCGGAAUUGGAAAAUCUAAAGCUAAAUUAUUUAAUCAGGAAACAGAAGUCAAAGUUAAGUUUAAGGAUGUAGCUGGUAUGGAUGAAGCCAAAGAGGAAAUAAUGGAAUUUGUUAAAUUCUUGAAAGAUCCGACUGCUUAUGAAAGAUUGGGUGCUAAAAUACCAAAAGGUGCCAUUUUAAGUGGUCCUCCAGGUACCGGUAAAACUUUGCUUGCAAAAGCUACUGCGGGUGAAGCUGGUGUCCCAUUCUUAAGUGUAUCAGGAUCUGAAUUUGUUGAAAUGUUUGUUGGUGUUGGUCCGUCUAGAGUACGUGAUUUGUUUGCAAACGCGAAAAAACACGCACCUUGUAUAAUAUUUGUGGAUGAAAUUGACGCAAUUGGAAAAUCAAGGGGGAAGAUAGGCCAAUUUGGUGGAAAUGAUGAACGUGAGAGUACGUUAAAUCAAUUACUCGUAGAAAUGGAUGGGUUUGGUUCUAGUGAGCAUGUUGUUGUUUUAGCUGGUACUAAUAGACCGGAUGUAUUAGAUCCUGCUUUAAUGCGUCCAGGACGUUUUGAUCGACAUAUUUCCAUUGAUAAACCAGAUAUUAAAGGCAGAAGUGCAAUAUUCAAAGUACAUUUAAAACCAAUAAAAACCGGGGAAAAUAUUAAUAACCUUUCAAACAGAUUAGCCGCGCUGACACCAGGAUUUUCUGGUGCCGAUAUAGCUAAUGUGUGUAAUGAAGCAGCUCUUAUUGCAGCUCGUUAUCAAAAGGAUUCAGUUACUGAGGAACAUUUUGAGCAAGCUAUUGACCGUGUAGUCGCAGGCUUGGAAAGAAAAUCUCGUGUAUUAUCACCCGAAGAGAAGAAGACUGUGGCAUAUCAUGAAGCGGGACAUGCAGUUGCCGGAUGGUUCCUUGAGCAUGCCGAUCCUUUAUUAAAAGUUACAAUUAUUCCUCGAGGUGUUGCCGCGCUUGGUUAUGCUCAAUAUUUACCAAAAGAUCAAUAUUUAUAUUCCACAGCACAAUUAUUGGAUCGUAUGUGUAUGACAUUGGGUGGAAGAGUGUCGGAACAAAUCUUUUUCAAUAUCAUAACUACAGGAGCACAUGAUGAUUUACAAAGAGUCACCAAGUUGGCUUAUGCUCAGGUUACAACUUAUGGUAUGAAUCCGAAUGUAGGGCCAUUAUCUUUCAAUAGUCCUAAUGAUAAUGAACCUCAAUUCCAAAAACCUUAUUCUGAAGAGACUGCUAAAAUGAUCGAUGAAGAAGUUCGUAAAUUGGUAGCGUCAGCGUAUGAAAGAACUGUAAAAUUGCUUACAGAUAAAAAAAAUGAUGUUGAAAAAGUAGCACAAUUGUUACUAUCGAAAGAAGUAUUAAAUCGAGACGAUAUGAUAUCAUUAUUAGGGAAAAGACCUUUUGUUGAAAAGAACAAUUAUGAAGAAUAUUUUAAUCCUAAAGAAAAUACACCACCACCCCCAUCCGCUGAACAAUCGCAGUCAUCAUCAAAUGCAUAGUUUUUUAAAUGAUUAAUAUUUAGUAUAUCUAAAAUAUAUUACUUAAAUGUAUGCAAAUCACUUUUGCUAAUUAAAUUAUUUAUCUUUGAAUGUGAAGUAUCUUUAUGUAAUUUAUAAGCCGUGAAAUUUGAGAUUAUCAUUCCCACCUAUUUUUUUAAUUGAUUUAGUUUCCCCACUUCAUUCCGUCUCUUCAUUAGCUCGACUAUAAAAAAAAAAAUUUGUUUAACUUCGCCUUUCUUUCUAACGUUAAGCGGAAUUUGAAAAAGUGAACUGUCAAUGUAAUCGAAAUGAUCGUUAUAGAUAUAGGCUAUUUAAGCGUGAUAAGCAAUGAGGUGAAUGAGAGAAUGGAGUGUUCGUUUAUUUUUGUAUCAUACAC